UCCGGAAGCUUCACAUUAGUCUACACAUCCAGCGAAAAGCGACACUUUCAAGUUGCCAAGACGGACGAUUUUGCGGAGAUCAGUCAGUGCAUGAAAGAGAUCAGAACGAGUGUUCUGCCGGCUCUAAAACGCAUUCGCCCAGUUAAUGUUGACGCCUUUCUUUUAACUACUUUCUCGAAUCGGGCAGAUUUGGAGCUCAACGAAGGCCAAGUUCCAAAAAGCAUGCAGCAACCAAACUUUUUUCGUAGUUUCAAUUUCCCUCCCGAGGAGCGUCUAAUCACCCAGUGCUCCUGUGCGUACAUAAAGGGAACACUACCCAUCCGCGGGACUCUGUUUAUCAGCAUAAACUUUCUCUCAUUCCUGCCCUCCGCUUACAACAAUGAGGCCCAGUUGUCGCUGCCAUGGAUAAAGAUAAUCUCUAUUGAGAGGAAACUCACGGCCGCGCUCGGCGGAUAUGUCCUACUACAAACUCUCAACCAAAAAUAUCGAUUCACGAUCUCGAGUAAGGUGGAAGAAACUACUUCUAUCAUCCAGAAACUCGCUGACCUGGGUGUUCGAAGGUAA